AUGCGUAACUGCAGUCGUCGUCGUUUCGAGCAGGUGGUCAACGAGGCGCACGCGCUGAUUGCUACGAAGCUCGGUGGCGCCAAACUCUUCGCCAAGCAGCUUGCGGCACUGUUGGCCAAACCGGCAUCUGACGACGAGGAGGCAGCGGAAGACAAGUUGGACUUGGAGAGGAAAGAGGAGGAUUUGAAGAGGGCGAAGGUGGACGUUAGUAUCCUGGACGACUUUCUCAAGCUCAUCGACUCUACAUGGAGUGACGUCUACCAGCGAAUCGUCGGGUGGCUCGAUUGGGCACCCAAAAUUGCUAACGAUCUCGACAUCGCGCUUAAGGAGGACAAGUUCCUGAAGAACUUCAAAGGCAACUAUAAUUUGGGUUACGUCGACGCCGCAGGCCUGGCGAACCCCUACUUCUGGGACGAGCAAGGUAACCCGUGCUUCAUCGUGGCCAAGAAUGGGCAGACGACCGAUCUUACUUUGGUCGCUUCUCCGAGUUGGAAGCUUACACGUGUGACGAGUUCGAGCACGAUUCGUGGGAUGUCACUGUCCUCAACUUUACCAGAAAGCACGGCAACUUUUCUGACCAUCGCGACUGGCGCAUGCGUCUUCGGCGCCAAAGGCAAGAUGGUCGCGAUCUUGGAUUCCGGCAUGCCCAGGGGAAUGUCCAACCACGUCACGUUUUGCACUCCUGCCCACUACGUCGUCGAUCUCGUCAGGGAACGCUACCCCCACACCGAUUUGGACCGCCUCAAGUUCACCGAAACCGCAGCCUCAAACCUCAAAGUCCCUUUCUGUCGGCUUCCGCCUCCAUCAUCACUGUCUUCCUUGACUCUUUCUAUGUCGUUGGCUCCAAACGCGUGGGGUUUGGGCGCUUCGUCAACUCCUGGGCGCGAACGCAUCCACGCUCGAUCCAUAUCCUCAACCGAUUCUGGAAUGACUCCAAAUCAUACCGACAGUCUUGUCUUACAAUCUUCCCCCCAUUCGUCUCGCGACUCUUACAAUAAUCAUCUGUUCGGCGAUCCUGCUGUUGACUUCCCACAACCGCAAGGUUUCGUGUUUGGCUCUGAUCCUCUCUCUAUUCCUAGUUUUGGCACAAGGACUGUGUCUCCCGAUCCAAUAACGUUGUUUCCACUCGACCCCCGUCAGCAGCCUCCUCAUCCUUCCCUCUUCAAUACAACUCCGCCUCCACCUCCACCUCGCUUGAGGUCCGAUGAUCCGGUUAACACGCAAUUCGUCCACACGCUUGCGUUGAUGGCGAUGAUUCGAUUACAUAAUACCGCGGCACUUGAAGAGCCUCUCAGCUACGAUAAACGUUUGAAGGCUGCUGAGGCCGUUGUCUCAGUUGUGAGCGAGUUAACUAACUCUGAGGCGGACUUUGGGGAGUUCGACAUGCUGAUAGGGCAUUGCUGGAAACACACCUGCGAUGUCCUAAUUGAGCAGCGGUCUCGGGUCCUGACUGCAUCAGAGGCUUCGGCAUUGGACCACAAGAUUGAUAUCAUUAUCUCACAGAUGCGCCUUCUCGAGACCGUUUUUCCACUGACAGCUUUCCAGAUCAAUGACAUCCUGCAGGCUCGGCAACAGAGUAUACUGUCCACUGCUCCAACUGUACCUGUGGCUGCGCACGUCGCCACAGUGCCGACCCUUUAG